AUGGGGGGCAAUGGCUCCGCCUUGAGGGUCUGCACAGAUCAUAGAGGAGGCAUCAACUGGCUCAGCCUGAGCCCUGACGGCCGGCGGCUGCUGACGGGCAGCGAGGAUGGCACCGCGCGUCUCUGGAGCACUGAUGACAGCCAAUGUCACGGACACUUCCAAGGACACGAAAGCUAUAUCACUUUCUGCCAGUUGGAAAAUGAAGCUGCCUUCACCUGUAGUGCCGAUCACACCAUCAGAAAGUGGGACGUGGCGACUGGACAAUGUUUGGCUAUUUACCGAGGACACACGUCAAUUGUAAACAGGAUCCUAGUUGCCAAAGACUACCUCUUCAGUGGCUCCUAUGACCGAACGGCCCGCUGCUGGAGCGUGGACAAGGAACGGCAAAUCCAGGAGUUUCGGGGUCACCGGAAUUGUGUGCUGACCUUAGCUCACUACUCCUCCAAGGACAUCCCAGAUGCAUCCUCAGAGCAGGGGGAGAAGGUCAGCGGAGACUUCCUGGUGACAGGCAGCACGGAUGGCACAGCUAAAGUUUGGUGGGUGUCCAGCGGUUGUUGCUACCAGACCUUGAGGGGCCACACGGGAGCUGUCUUGUGCCUGGCCCUGGAUGAACUCAACCAGGAGCUCUUCACAGGCAGCACCGACUCCACCAUUCGAACUUGGAACCUUGUGACUGGGGAGCCACUGAAGGUGUUUAAAGAGCAUCAGGGGUCAGUGAUCUGCCUGGAGCUGGUGAAUCGGCACUUGUACUCAGGAAGUGCAGAUCGGACAGUGAAGUGCUGGCUGGCAGACACUGGGGAGAGUGUGCGCACAUUCAGGGCCCACAAGCACAGCGUGAGUGCCCUCAAGUACCACGCUGGCACCCUGUUUACAGGCAGUGGGGACGCCUGUGCCCGAGCAUUCAAUACCGAGUCUGGUGUGCUACAAAGGGUAUUCCGGGGCCACACUUUCAUCAUCAACUGCAUCCAGGUUCACAACGAGGUGCUCUACACAGCCUCCCAUGAUGGCACACUGAGGAUCUGGGACAUACAUGGAGUCUGCAAGCAAAAUUUGCGUAGCCGUCCCAAGAGGGAGGUCCUGGCCCAGAACCGCAGCACCCCCAAAAGGAGCCUCUCCCAGCUCUUCAACAACAAAGUUGGCUGCACAGUGACUCCACCCCAGGGUAGGGAGUGUGAGACCAUUGAGCUGUUAUGACCAUGGAGUAUAGAAGGGACCUUAGUUAGCCACUGGUUGCCAAAACCAAGCUGUCCUGUUACCCAGCAGAAGGGAAGACUAGAAGAUCCCAAGCUUGGAGAGUUUUGAAAUUGCUUACAGUGGAUGUUUGCAAAUCCAUUUCCUUUAUGAGCUUGGGAAAUCAAAUGCUCUGCGGUCUUCACGUAGGCCAUGAUGGUGCAGAAGCCCAAUCUCCUUGAUUCAUAUGCCGCUGGGACUGACAAAAGAGCCCUGUAGGACCAGGUGAAUUCCCUCUGUAUCUUAUUAUCAUACAACUAUAAUUUUAAACUAUUUUUAAAAAUUCCUCUUUGCAGCCAGCUGCUGCCCAGCACUAGAGCCCUGUUCUCAAAGAAACAAGAAAUGAAGAGAAAAGCAAGAUGAUUCUGGCUUUAUUACACUAUCUGGCAAGGGAUAAAGUGGCUUUGGGAAUUUUGUUUCCCCUUUUCUCUUCUUCCUCCUCCACCCUCCCCCUCUUCCUCCUCGCUUCAUCUCCAAUUCCUCUCCUUUUUCCCAUUUUUCCCCCCUCUCAUUUCCUCUGCCUAUUGUCACUAUCCAUUUCCCACCAUCUUUCUCUUACUUUUACUCUCUCCAUCUGUUUCUCCUUUUCCUCUCUUCAUUUCCCUCACCUUCCCUCAACAUACCCACAUCACCACAAUUAAUAACUUAAGAGAAAGGUUGCCUAGAAUAUAAGAUUAAGCCUUUCUUAUGGGCAAGACUGGCUGCUACUUCUUAGACACUUUAACUUGGCAAACCCUAGCUUCUCUCCCUGUCAUGAAUCAACAACCUGAUGUCUUCUUCUGGUGCUUGGGAAUAAGAGAUCAGACACCAAUACCUCUACUCCCUGAAUCCCCAAAUGAAGCAAGAACCUUAACUCCCAGAAAAAAAAAUACACACACAUAUAUAUAUACACAUACAUAUUUCAAGAGAACCAUUGAGCCAUGAAUUUGUAUGUGAUCACUGUCAGUUUUCCAUUUUGGUCACUUUUCUGUGAUGAGGGAACUUGAUAGAGAACUGAAAUAUAUAUUGUUUGUGAGCCACACUC